AUGUCUGAAAUCAUCACAGCCAUUGACGACGACAGCUUCACCAUCAAUAACAGCAACAUCUAUUACGACAAGUGUAACAUCAGAGUCACGGCAAACAUCAGUGGUGUCACUGAGACGAAGCAGCUACCAUGUCUGUUUGGUUACAGUUUUGCUGAAAGAAAGGACCUUUCCAUAAUAUCAGACAUGGAACUAAUUUGUGAGAAGGGUCCCCUUCGGGCAUUGGGCAUGUCCUCCUUCUUUCUGGGGCAAGUUAUUGGAGCCGCCUCACUGCCAGCAGUAUCCGACCGCUAUGGAAGACGACCGGUCCAUCUCAUCUCGCACUUCUGUAUUCUGGUUCUUGGAAUCUGUUCAUCCUUCUCACCUAAUUACCCAGUAUUCCUGGUGAUGCGGUUCUUUAUUGGAAUCGUGCAUUCGCACCGGAAGCUGUUCGGCUUUAUCACCAACCAAUUCCGGGUAUGGGGUAUGGUAAUAUUAGCCGGCCUCGCCUAUUCGCUGCGGGAUCAGUCAUGGAGAUGGGUACAGCUGGGAGUAACUUCUGUUUGCCUUCCUGUACUUGCUGAAGUAGUUUUCCUUGAUGAAACCCUUCGAUGGCUGAUACUCCACGGCAGGAUGGAUGACAUCAGGAAACACCUAGAAAAAGUAGCGAGAGUAAAUAGAGUUGACAAAACACACGUCUUGGAAGUGUUUAGUAACAUCCAAGAGCAUCACCGGUCACUGUUACCGAUGACGCUGUCCUUUGAAGUGGAGCCUAAAACUCCAGCAUCACUAAGCCAAGAUGCCCCUACACCCACACUGAAUGUUACCCAUUCUCUGGCCGAUCUGUUGAAAGUGAAACGACUAGCUAUCAAUACUAUUGCUAUGUGGUAUAUGUGGCUGUCCUGCAGUAUGAUCCUGUUUGGAAUAUACCUGACAUCAGACACCUUGGCUGCUAGCAUAUAUGUCAACUUCUUCAUGGUCGCCAUCAUAUCCUGUCCAUCUGGUAUCAUAUUCUAUUUCAUGAUAGACAGAUAUGGACGAAAGUCGACGCUCAUGGCGCUGUGCCUACUUGCAACUGGAGGCUUAACAGUAGUUACAGCCAUCAGAAUCCUGUCGGCGAAUGAAGGAAAUGCAGCAAUUGCAUCGACAGUCUUCUCCUGUUUUGGAGCCAUGGGGAUUCAUGAAUUUAUGUCAACUUUGUUCUUUUACACUCCAGAAAUCUUUCCAACCACCAUGAGGAACGUUGGACUUGGAUCAUCGGCCGCGAUUGGUAGAAUUGGCUGCAUACUGACCCCGUUUAUCAUACUUAUGGGGGAUAACAUAAUCUGGGCACCGGGUGUCCUGUUAACUGUAAUGUCUGUCAUCACCCUGGUUGUGAUUCAAGUGUUGCCAGAGACCAAAGCGAGAGAACUGCCACAGACUCUGGAGGACCUGAAGGACUGGUACAGAAUGACGUCAUAGAAACACCUGCUUUCAUUCAUGUGUGGACACUGAUGUUACGUUCACUGAUGUGAUGUGUACUUUCAUAUAAUUGGCAAUAAAAAUGCAGUAAAGAUCAAAAUAAAGAUUUUAUAAUCAUUUGUA